AGGGGUUUUCAUAAUCAGUAUGAAAUUACAGUUUGCUCAUUCAACAUGCCAGACAUUCGACCGCUGCCGGAGGAAUUGCAAAAAAAUGCAAUCACAGAAUUGGGAGAAGUACCAGAGAGAAUUGCCGAGGAUCUGAAUGUUCUCAAGGCAUGGAUACGACAAAAGCCCCACUUGAAGGCCUGCAUGGAAGAUCAAUUUCUAAUACAAUUUCUUCGUGGCAGUAAAUAUAGUUUGGAAAAGGCAAAAGAAAAACUAAACAAUUUCUAUACGCUCUCGGCGAAAUCACCACAUUUGCGAUCUAUGGAAGAUGUAGACGAUCCAACAUUUCGUAAGAUUCACCGGACGGGAUGUCUUAUCCUCCUACCGACACCAUUGAUGGAGCAUGGUCCCCGCAUAAUAGUCGAGCAAGUGAGUUAUGAGCCCUACGAGUUUACAAACACCGAAAUCUCACGUUACAUCUGGACCAUGGCGGAAAUUGUGCUACAGAGCGAUCCCUAUGCCUGCAUUGAAGGUUUGGUCAUUGUUUCGGAUUUAUCCAAAGUGACAGUGCAACAUUUGCGUCAACUGACACCGAAAAUGAUACUGGAGGUGAUGCGGUUCAGCGAAAAGGCAUUGCCGUUGCGCAUCAAAAGGCUAUUGAUUUUAAAUUGUCCAUCUUUGGUGAAGACUUUGCUCAAUUUCGCGCUGUCAUGUUGUUCGGAAAAGUUGCGCAAGAGAAUCCAUAUCUCCAAUGGCAAUAAUAUUGAAAAAUUCGCCGACGUUUUUCCCAAGAAAUAUCUUCCGCGAGAUUUUGGCGGCGAAAACUCUUCACUGGAAAAUGCUUGCAGGGAAUAUGAAAAAGUCAUCGAUGAGCAUCGGGAUUAUUUUAAGCGUAAUGCGGAGUGCGGGAUUGAUGAAAGAUUGCGAAGAAAGAAAAAUUAAUGUUUAAUAAUUUUCUUAAAUUUUCUGUUAAUUUAUAAGUUUAUUUUGUAUUUUCACCAAGUGACCGGAUUACACAUCAUAUUGAAGUCAUGUACAGCAGAUUUUUUUAUACAGAUCCAGGUUUUUAAAGAAUCUGCAAUCAAAUGUUAUUUUUAUACCCUCAGCCAAGUGGCUUUAGAGGGUAUAUAUCAUUUGAUACCGCCAAAACGUGCCUCAUCGAAAUAACGGUCUUUUACCCUAGGUCUCUUUGGGCCAAAUCCUUUUCAAGACAUUUAGAGUCGAUCCGUCCGUGUGUCGGACUAGCUGACUGGUGCGCAGGAUAACUAUCGAAGGGAGUAUCCGAUUUGGUUCCAACUUGGAACAUCGUAAUAUUAUUAUAAAAUUUAUAUCAAGUUCGGAAAUGGGCAAUAUCGGACCAUUCCUUCUGGUACCUCUCCUACAAAGGGUCAAAGUUUUGAAUUACCAAAACGAAAUAAGCAUCCGGUUCUCUUCAUACUUCGCACAUCCCAUCAUUUCUACUAAUUCAAGAUCUGCUGAGAAGGUGGGAUAUCUGGGUUCAUUCCUUCUGGUACCUCCCCCACAAAAGGUCAAAAUAUUGAAUAUCUCCAAAGCUGAUAAAACGCUUAAUUAAAAUUCGAUUUCAUUCAGACUUAGUAGAUCUCAAUAUUUCCGUCAACACAAGAUCUGUUGUAAUAAUGGUAGAGAUCUGACCAUUUCUUAUGGUUUCCAUAUAGGGUUCAAAGUUUAAAAA